AUGUUUACAGUGACCGAGUUCAAAUGGUUGACAGAUCCUCAGACAGCCUACCGCAUUUUAAAGCCAUGGUGGGAUGUUUUCAGUCAUUAUAUCUGCAUGGUGAUGCUCUUGAUUUCUCUGCUAGGGGGAACGCUCCAAAUUGCUCAGAAUAAAAUGCUAUGUCUUCCUUGCAAGGUAAUUGUCAACAACAAUUGCAAGGCCCCCUGGGAGAGUAAUACCAGCACUCCAGCAAAUAAAACUCCUGUUAUAAAUGGGAUAAGAAAUCUUCUUGAUAGGCAACAAUACUCAUACAUCGAUGCUGUGUGUUACGAGAAGCAGCUCCAUUGGUUUUCCAAGUUCUUCCCCUACCUGGUGCUCUGGCAGACUCUGCUCCUUUUGAUUUGCAGCAACUUCUGGUUCAAGUACCCCAGCACCAGCUCAAGGCUCGAGCACUUCAUCACCAUCCUCCACAAGUGCUUCGACUCCCCGUGGACUACCCGUGCUCUGUCUGAGGCAGUUGAGAUCAGUGGAGAGAAGCACCCUUACCGCAAAACCAAAGAAGCAUCUAAAGUAUCUUUCUCCACCACGAACUUUGAAUCGAAAUUGUUGACGAGCAGAGUGGAGCCCAACUUGGCUGAUGCCAAUGAGAAGACCAUCCUGGAUCGAAAGGAAGGGGAGCAGGCAAAAGCUAUCUUUGAAAAGGUGAAGAAGUUCAAAGCACAUGUUGAAGAAAAGGACAUUAUCUACAGGCUGUACAUGAGACAGAUUAUUAUCAAAGUCAUUAUAUUCAUUUUUAUCAUUUCAUAUAUCCCCUAUUAUAUUAUUGAGAUGAACUUUGAUAUCAAUUGUAAAGUUGACAUACAGAUGUUUACAGGAUAUCAACAAUAUCGUUGUGUCCAUUCCUUGGCAACAAUAUUUAAACUCUUAGCAUCCUUUUAUGCAAUACUGGUUGUGUUACAUGGAUCUUUUAGUGUCUACAGUCUAUAUUGGAUGCUCAGACGCUCACUGAAGAAAUAUUCUUUUGAAAGUGUUCGUGAGGAAAGUAGCUACAGGGACAUUCCGGAUAUUAGAAACGAUUUUGCCUUCAUUCUUCACCUUUCAGACCAGUAUGAUCCAUUGUAUUCAAAGCGAUUCUCAGUCUUCCUUUCAGAGGUCAGUGAAAACAAGUUGAAACAGAUUAACCUUAACCUGGAGUGGACAGCAGAGAGGCUAAGGCAUAAACUACAGAAGAACUUGCAGGACAAAACAGAGCUGUACCUGUUCAUGUUAAGUGGACUCCCAGAUGCUGUAUUUGAGCUGAAAGAACUUGAAACUCUUAAACUAGAUCUUCUAACUGAAGCCAAAUUCCAAACAGCCAUGUCUCAGCUUACCAACCUUAAAGAGUUACACCUUUACCACACACCAACCACUGUGGACCCACAGGCACUGAAUUGUUUAUCUGAAAAUCUGCAAGCAUUGCACGUCAAGUUUACUGACAUGGAUAAAGCCCCACGCUGGAUAUUUAAUCUAAAGAACCUGACAGAACUUCAUUUAACUGGUAACUUAAAAAUGGAAAAGAAUCACUUUGUGUCUUUAAGUGGACUGGAGAAUCUAAAGAAUCUAAAAGUUCUCUACUUGAAAAAUAGUCUUCCUCACAUUCCAGCAAUAGUAACUGGCUCAGGACUCCUCUUAAACAAACUGUCCAUUGAUAAUGAAGGUACCAAACUAACUGUGUUCAAUACCUUGAAGAAUAUGGUAAACCUCACAAACCUUGAACUCCUUAACUGUGACCUAGAGCGCAUUCCACAUUCUAUUUUUAGCUUGUACAAUUUACGUGAAAUUGAUCUGAAAGGCAACAGACUUAAGACAAUUGAAGAAAUUAUCAGUUUCCAGCACCUGAAAUGGCUUUCUUGCCUCAAGCUUUGGCACAAUGCUAUUGCAUAUAUACCUGUUCAAAUUGGGACACUGGUAAAUCUGGAACAGCUGUACCUCAACAAUAACAGAAUUGAAAACAUACCAUCACAACUUUUUUUAUGCCACAAGUUACGGCUUUUGGAUUUCAGCAAUAAUCACCUAACUGCUAUUGGUGAUGAAAUCAGUGAACUGAAGCAUCUACAACAUCUUAAUGUCUCCAAUAACAAUCUGGAAACCUUACCCAAUGGACUAUUUCAUUGCUUGAGUCUGCGGACGUUGCUUGUGGGAAAGAACAGCCUGACAACACUAUCACCUCUAGUGGGUGAUUUAGAGAACCUUGUACAUUUGGAUCUUGUUGGCAACCAGUUUGAGUUCCUGCCUGCAGAAUUGGGCAAAUGUAAUUUUAAACCAGGUGGUCUUGUUGUGGAAGAGUCGAUCCUUAAUUCAUUGCCCGCAUUUGUAAGGGAACAUUUGUUAAAAAAUGAUACGGAGCAAGGGUAA